GCUGUCCCGGGAUGCUGAGGGUGUGUGUGUAUAAGCUACAUCCACGUUCCUCAGCAUCUGUGCUUCAUCAAAGACCUGUCUUAACAUUUGCUCUGUAAAUGUCGGAGCAAUACAACGACAAAUAUUUAUUUGGCUGAGCAACGGCAAACUGGCUCCGGGCUGACAGAAUCCCACUUCUGUGGGGCUGAUGAAGCCAGUCAUGGCUCUCAGGAGAAGACCAGGGAACAGAGCCUCUAGCACUGCGCCUGUUGGAAGUGAAAAGCUCUCUGGAGAUGGAGUUGAUCCAAUUCCUGAGGAGCUUGGACAAGAAAAGCUGGACAUCCAACCACCCUCUCCUGUGCCAGCUAGGUACUGUCUAAGUGACGGCUCUGGGGACGACUCCAUCCAAGGCGAAAGCCCUCUUCAGCAGGACAGCAUGGAGGAGGACUCACUGUCCGAGUAUGAUAAUGUCGUAUCCGGGGAAGAAGAAGAAAAAGAAGAGGAACAUGAUUACGAGGAAGAUGAGGAACUGCAAACCGAAGCGGACAGGAUGACCUACUAUGUCCACUGUUGUCCUGAAGAUGAAAGCUACAUGGAAGGAAUGGAUUGCCAUGAAGGUGUGGAUGGUGCUGAGUGUCCUGGUACGUCUCAGGAUGUCCGGGAGAGCUGUAAACCGGAGAAGGCUUGGGAACACUCGGAAGGCUUUUACAAGGUUCUGCAGCAAGACGCAACAACAACGGUCUACAAGCGACCAGAGCCUAUCACGGAGACAACCUUCGUACAAGCCCCCAUGGCUGAGGACGAGGAGGAUGAAGAAGAGACAGAGGAAGAAGCAGAAGAGGAUAGCGAAGAAGAAGACAAUGUUGGGUUUUUUCACUACAAAGGGAAGCAAGCAGAGUUGAACAACAAUGAGAUCCCAAGUAAAGGUGCUGACGACUUUCCCAGAGACGGCAGAAGUUGUCCUCAAGAGUCCAGUUUUGCCAAAGUGGGGCAAGAAAGUGAUGCAGUUAUUAACUAUAGAAGAAAUCAGGACAUCCCCAAAAACCCAAGGGAUGUCCCUCCAGGGUCAAGUUGUCCUCCUAGGGAUCGAAUAGAAAGGCUUCGGGAAGAGUGUGCUAGUGACUGUUCAAAAGAUUGUGAUGUCCCUGUGGUCAGAGAAGGUAGAGGAAACCUUAGACAAAGUUUCAGAUAUAGAGGACAUCAGUCGGAGAGAGCACACAAAAAAGACACCGCUUACCAGGAUGGCAGCAGGGUCAGCAAUAAAGCUAAAUUCGCAGAUCCAGAGGAUAGAGGCACUUGGAAAAAAAGACAUUUGCUAAAAUACUCCAGAGAGGAUAAUAGGAACGGAGAUGGGAAACUUUCACACGAGCAAAGUAAAAGUCCUGGAGACAGCAAAAACAGAGGGCAGGACCAUCCCGUUUGUAAUCACAAACCAAAGGGUGGAAAAGAGACAAAGAGCAGAAGUGGAGAAGUUGAGGAAGAGCAGAUUGAGAGCGAAGUCAAGACCAAACUCAAAAUUGCUCCAAACAACUCGGGGAGUAAUAAAGGUGCUCCUAAUCAGGCAAAUAAUGGAAAAGGGGCUCCUGACAAUUCCAGGGCCUCUUCAACAUCAUCAGACAGGAAAAACAGCCAAUCCAGAGCCCAUGUUAAUACACCUGUACAGUCCCCAGACAAACGGCUACAUAAAGACUUAGCCAAACCAGUUGAAACGGAGAAGACCAUGCCUAGUCAGGAACAGGUUUCUCAGAGUAGUCCAGAGGAAAGUAAUACAGGGCCACCAUCCGGACAAAAGAGACCGCAGGCCCAGAGAAAUCCCUCUUUCCCAAGCUUUGUGGAUAUCCCUGGUCCAUGUGAGCCAGAAGAUCUCAUCAAUGGAAUCAUCUUUGCCGCAAACUACCUUGGCUCUACCCAACUGCUCUCCGACAGAAACCCGUCCAAAAGCGUACGCAUGAAGCAAGCGCAGGAAGCUGUGGACUGCGUUAAGUCUGUAGAGGGUGAAGCCCAGAGUUUAACAGAGAUUGACUUGUUCAUCUCAACCAAGGCCAUCAAGGUGCUCAAUGCUGACACACAGGAGACGAUGAUGGAUAACGCCCUCCGCACCAUCUCAUACAUCGCAGACAUCGGUGACGUGGUGGUCCUGAUGGCUCGCAGGCGUCUGUCUAACUCCUCCUCGCUCGACUGCACAGAUUCAGGCCUCAGCACAGAAAGUCGGAAGCAGUACCGCAUGAUGUGCUACGUCUUUGAGUCAGAGGAUGCCCAGCUCAUCGCACAGUCCAUCGGUCAGGCGUUCAGCAUGGCCUACCAAGAGUUCCUCCGAGCCAAUGGGAUCAAUCCCAAGGACCUCAGCCAGAAAGACUACAGCGAUAUCCUGAGCACGCAGGAGAUGUAUAAUGAUGACCUCAUCCAUUUCUCCAACUCUGAAAACUGUAAAGAGCUUCAGCUAGAGAAGCAGAAGGGCGAGAUGCUGGGUGUGGUGGUCGUGGAGUCGGGCUGGGGCUCCAUCCUGCCCACCGUCAUCUUGGCCUGCAUGCUGAACAACGGCCCUGCUGCCCGCUCCGGCAAACUCAACGUGGGCGAUCAGAUCAUGGCCGUCAACGACACCAGUCUGGUGGGCCUGCCGCUCGCCACCUGUCAGGGCAUCAUCAAGGGCCUGAAGAAUCACGUUCAGGUGAAACUAAGUGUAGUGAGUUGCCCACCUGUUACCACGGUCCUCAUAAAGAGACCCGACCUGCAAUACCAGCUGGGUUUCAGCGUUCAGAACGGCAUAAUCUGUAGUCUAAUGCGUGGAGGUAUUGCGGAGAGGGGCGGUGUGCGAGUCGGACACAGAAUAAUUGAGAUAAAUGGACAGAGUGUAGUCGCUAUGGCGCAUGAGAAAAUCGUCCACGCCCUUUCAGUAUCUGUAGGAGAGAUUAACAUGAAAACUAUGCCUGCCGUCAUGUUCAGGUUGUUAACCGGUCAAGAGACUCCGGUGUACAUCUAAGGAAUCAUAAAACUGGGACUUUUCCUGCAACUAAAAAAAAGCAGAAAAAUAUUGAAGAGCUCUGUCUUGCUUUAGACUGCAUGUAAAGAUGAUUAGAAAGAGUGCAAACAUACACACAAAGAAAACCUAAUCACAUAAUUACCUGAUCGAAGGCGUGCUGUUUCUUGCUUAUUAAUGCAAUUAAUAGUCUCCUGUGGUCUUAUAGUCUAAUAGUCUUCUACAGUCUUCCAUGCCAGAUUCAUUAGUUUGUAUAUAUGUUAAAUGCCUUUGGUUCAAGCCUUUUUGAGUUUCUAAACUAACAAAGUACUCUUUUAUUUAAAAAUACAGAGGGAUUGCACUUAAGUUCACUAAAUCAAUAAAGUAGGGCAUUAUCAAUAGAUUUAAUUUUUUACCAAACUCAUUUCACAAACUCAAAGAUUAACAAAUGGACUAAAGCAUGCUAAAAUCCAAAGAUAGCUGUUACAUUUGCUGAAUAGACUGCAUUUUAGUUCUUCUGGCUGUCUUCAGUGUUUCUGUGAUAAAUGGGUACAAUACACAGUGAAUGAACCAUUUCUGUAGAUUACUAGUUCAGCAUGCUGGAUUUGAAGACUGAAAAUAUAUUAAUCAGAAAACCUGAGCUGCAUUGAUGUUUAUAUGCAUGAUUUUAAUUAAUGAAUGAAUAUUAUCUCAUGAAUGAAUCCCCAUCUGCAUCUCAGGCAUUACUGAUACAUAUAAGUUUUAUUUUAGUAUCAUUGAGAUACUGAAUUAAUUUUAUUAGUAUAUUUUCUGUUUUCACUUUAUUUUUAUUUUAUUUUUUUUAAAUGUCUGUAUAGUUUGAGUUUAUACAGUUGUAGUUAUUUUAUAACUUCAAUUUAAACUUUAUAACUUCAAUUUAAGCUUUUUCAUAUAGAUUUUAUUUCAAUUCAUAUUUAUUUCAAGCAAUGAAAAGGUUUUUUUAAUGGUUUUAUAUUUUUUUAGGUAAUGUGUGCGUGCGUGCGUGCAUAUGAAUUACUUUAUAUUAAUUAUUUUAGAAUAAUUAAUAGUGAACUUCCAUAUUCAGAUAGCUCACACAUUGAAAAAAAUCUAUGCAGACUAUAUUUUAAAUGUAACAAAUUAUCUUGGUAUUGCCAAAUGUUAUCUCAUUUGACUAAAAAGAACUGUAACAAAUAAUGAAAAUAGACACGUUGUAGAAUUUGUAUUUUAUUUUUUGUGUUAUGUACAUAUAAACAUAUGAAUAUGCAGUUUGAAUAGAACAGUUGGAUCAGUAACAAUUGUAUAUACAGAUGCUCCCAGCAAUUCAGUCUGCAAGUUUUCAAGUAGUAGUUGUGGAUGACAACAAACCGCCCGUCAAAGUCUCUGUGAAAAAUGGACAGAAAGAGAAAAAGAAAAAAAAUUAUAA